GCUCCGGUUGAGGGGCUCGGCGUCAGUCGAGAUUGAUUUCUCGCGACUGCUUUCCUACGUCUCGUUGCAGAUCAACAUGUUGUCGGAGAUCGACGACAAUCUGUUUCUUUUUGGAGAUCAACAGGAAGAAUAUGUCAUGCUGUCUCCUCUUGAGCAUCAGAUUGCGGAGGCAAAUGACGAUGAUGUCAACCAAAACAAGCCCCUCGAUCACAAAAAUGGGAAUAAGGCGAAGGGCUCGGUGACGGGGAGGAGCAGCAGUAUGCGUACCAGAGUUGCAUUCAGAACGAAAUCGGAGAUUGAGAAAUUGGAUGAUGGAUAUAGCUGGAGAAAGUACGGAAAGAAGAUGAUGAAGAACAGCCAGAAUCCAAGGAACUAUUACCACUGUUCGAGCGAAGGAUGCAAUGUCAAGAAGAGAGUCGAGAGAGAAAGCGAAGACUCGAGGUUCGUGAUAACGACAUACGAAGGCAUCCAUAACCAUCGCGCCCCCUUGCCUGCGAUACCCACACCGCAUCCAACGAUCGGAAGACCUCAUCCACGCAGCUUUUCUCGCUGAGUAAAACCAGGCAGAGAUGCUUGUCACGAAUCCAUGGAAAGAGAGGUCGCUCCCACGCAAAGUUGGAAGGAGGCACAUUGCAUGCAAACUCAAGUCGCUGAUACUGAGAAGAAGUUAUUAUACAAAAUUUAGCGUAAUUUGCUGAUCUAGGAAUCGUGAAUAGAAAAGAUGUAGCAACACAGACUUGGUGGUGUUGGCAGUCUACGAUUAAUACAAAUCUAUGCAUCUUUGUCACAGUGUUUUGUGGUUGGAAGUAGCUAAUAUGACGAUACAUGGAUGCCUGGUGGCAGCAGCAAAUCAGAGGUGUUGAUGCCAUGGAAGAUUAUAACAGCCAGGUUAUACUGAUGAUAACAAUCUAAAGUUGGCACUAAAGAGUUUUGAGACCUCCUCGAAGC